AUGGCUCUCGCAAUUGCCGUUUACUCCCUAUCCGCCCGCGCCGCAUCUAAUACGACAGAACAUCUUCCAUCGUGCGCGAAUCAGUACAGAAGUCUGCCUGGAAUAGCACUGAGCUGUCUCACGACCAUCUUCCUGUGCAUUUGGGUUGCCCUCCAUCUCAACGUCCCCGAGCCUGUGGACACCAGAGGCUUGGUGGUUCCUAUUUUUGUGACACUGGUGUUCCCUGAAUGGGUUCUGGGGAUGGCCAUUCUUCAGUUCCGCAAGGCUACUGAACUGGCAAAGAAAUUGAGGAAGCUACAGAGUGGCAAGGCUGACAUCACCCGUCAGCACGGAUUCUUCAUCCUAAUGGGUGGCUUCCACCUCUUUGAACGAGGUCAGAACUUGCCAUCAGAUAAGACUGGAGAUAAUGACAGAGAGGAUGCUCGGCUACUGGUCAAGGAACCGGCGGUAGAAACGGGAAACCGUCAACAUGACCAGGCAUCAAAGAACCAGAGUAUUGAUAUCGUUGAAGAAAUGGGAAGACCUGCCCAUCCUCUCGACGAAUUCGACGUGCUUCGGCUUAUUGAAGCUGGAAAGCUUCGCCUUCCUCCUUCUGCCGAGCUGCAGGAUAGGUGCAAGAGCGAUGCACUUGCAAACAAACUGCCACUCACAGAGCUCGAGGUCAUUACCCUUGGGUAUACUCUACUCACCAUCGCAAUGUAUCUAGCAUGGUGGGAUAAGCCAUAUCGGGUAACAUUCCCUAUCCGUGUCUAUGAAACACUCCCAGAACGUACAAAAGAGCAAAAUUGGCUGAUGAUCAAAGUGGGCCGUUGGGACAUGGCUUUGAACUAUGCCGCUGGGGUUCAGGGAGCAUACAUCGAGUUACGAAGUGUGAAACGAGUUCCAAUGUUUCACUCUGGAUACAUGAAGAAUGAUGGUCUUAACGAUCUUGUCGGCCUGAUUACCACAAUCAGUGUUGGGACAUUGUUUGGUGCUGUGCAUUUUCUUGCGUGGUCGUCGCCCUUUCCAUCCAACCGUAUGCAACUUCUCUGGCGAUUUGCAACGAUUGUCAUGACUGCAGUGCCACCUGCAUUAGGCAUGGUUGCUGUCUUUGCUGCACUGGCCGAAGCGCUGGUUUCUGAGAGUCUGGGUGACUUGAUUGGGUAUACCUUGUUCCUACUACCGCCCUUAUACUUCAUUGGAAGAGGAAUAACGAUCGUACUUGCAUUGAUGACGCUUGCAACGCUCCCGCUCGACGCUUAUCGAGACGUGGCGUGGUCAGACUUCUUCCCUCAUAUCUAG